UUCCGGUGAAUAAUGAACGUUGAUUAACAAUUAUCGGUGGGAAAAGCGUACAGGAAGUAGCCGGCAGUAAGCAUAGGUUGCUUUCCACCAACAAGAGUACCCACCAGUGCAGUUAGGCUCGAUUUUCGAAACGCCUUCCUGAUUGAGAAUCACUUAUUUCGUGGAAAAAAAAGUGCAAAAGUCAUUCGCCAAUCGACCCGUCGCUGCUCUAUGUGGGAAAAAUAGAGGAGAGUGCGACUGCGGAGAAUCGGCCAGCCAGCGUGAGAGUGUGUAGCAAGCAGCGAAAGUACAUCAUCAAAGGCAUUUCAGAGUGCAGAGCACCUAACAGCAUCGUCAGAAUUGUGUGUCAAAAAAAAUCGCUUCCGCUCCACCUAGGGGAUAGAAAGAUUUUCCUCCUAUGGUGAGAGAAACGGAGAGAAUAAGAGCAUUUGUCGAUGAUUUAGUGAGCGAAAAGAGCGAGAGUGCAAAAUCCGAACAGUUCAGAAGUUAGCACGGAAGAAAAAACCGAGUGUCCAGUAGGUGCUAGAGUUUAUUCUAGUUUGCUGGUGCAAUAAUGAAUGAGCUGGAAGCACUUCGGCAGGAAGCGGAAACGCUGAAGAAUGCAAUCCGUGAUGCUCGAAAAGCAGCCUGUGACACCUCGCUGGUUCAGGCCACGAAUAAUUUGGAACCCAUCGGUAGGAUACAAAUGCGUACCAGACGUACGCUACGGGGUCAUUUAGCCAAGAUCUACGCUAUGCACUGGGGUAGUGACUCCAGGAAUCUAGUGUCUGCCUCCCAGGAUGGUAAGCUGAUCGUGUGGGACUCGCAUACAACGAACAAAGUUCAUGCGAUUCCGUUGCGUUCCUCUUGGGUGAUGACGUGUGCUUACGCACCAUCCGGAAACUUUGUUGCCUGUGGUGGAUUAGACAACAUUUGCUCCAUCUACAACUUGAAGACACGAGAGGGCAAUGUAAGAGUAUCACGUGAGCUUCCAGGCCACACUGGUUACCUGUCUUGUUGCCGCUUCUUGGACGAUAAUCAAAUAGUGACCAGUUCCGGCGAUAUGUCCUGUGGAUUGUGGGACAUUGAAACAGGCCAGCAGUGCACAUCGUUCCUUGGACACACCGGAGAUGUGAUGGCACUGUCUCUUUCACCUCAGUGCCGUGUUUUCGUUUCGGGAGCAUGUGACGCUUCGGCUAAACUGUGGGACAUACGCGAAGGACAAUGCAAGCAAACUUUCCCUGGACACGAGAGUGACAUCAAUGCCGUAACGUUCUUCCCGAAUGGACACGCAUUCGCUACCGGUUCGGAUGAUGCUACCUGUCGUCUGUUCGACAUCCGUGCCGAUCAGGAAUUGGCGAUGUACUCGCACGACAACAUCAUCUGUGGUAUCACCUCGGUAGCGUUCUCCAAGUCCGGCCGUCUGCUGCUGGCCGGCUACGACGACUUUAACUGCAAUGUAUGGGAUACGAUGAAGGCGGAACGAGCCGGUAUUCUAGCAGGCCACGACAACCGUGUAUCGUGCUUAGGGGUUACCGAGAAUGGUAUGGCCGUGGCGACCGGUUCCUGGGACUCGUUCCUGCGCGUCUGGAACUAGGAAGCCAUACCGGUGAAGCAACGUUAUCAGCAGCAACGUCUUUCCGCACUCAAACAAACGCCCGUAGCAUAGAAGCAAAGAACAGCUGCACAACUAGUAGAAACAGGAUAUGUGCAAAGGCGCGCACAUAUGCUCCGCAGCAAAGUGACAAUGUGUACCGCAUUGAGAACACAGCAGGAGAGACAGCAAAAAACCAGUAUAGUUCAUUUUAAUUUUGCUAAUUCAGAUGGAUAGUGCAUUUGCCAGAAAGUUUCUUGUUCGUGGUUAUCGAUUAUUUUAAGUUAACCGGAUCUGAUUUUCAACUUUCGUCACAGAAUGCGUUAGAAAUCUCGUUGUGAUAACCAUGAUUUUGGCACAAAAAAGUUUUAUUUUACCACACAUUCUUUGACCCAUUUUAGUUCACUUUUUGAAAGCCAAAAAUUUUAAAACUGAUACACUAUUUAAAUUGUGCCGUAAUAAAUUUAUUUAUUUUGUGUAUGUAAAUUUUAGACUGUUUUAGUAGCUUUUCUAAUAUUAAGUUUGAACUCUCCUCUCUAGUUUAUUUUCGUAUUAAUUUUUGCCGGCGACAAAAAAAAGAGGAUGAGACCGCGCACAAGAAAAAGUCAUUAAAUAGACGUUUGUAUUUAUUUAUUUUCAUAUGUAUUACAACAUUCGAAUAUUUGUUUAAAAAGCUGCUUUUCAGCUGUAUUAGAUUUUCUAUUAGAAACAAAAGUGUUAUUCCUCUAUUUGUACACAAACAUAUACAUAUAUUUACGAAUAUCUAUUUAUACACGUCUUUGUAUUUAUUUAUUUAGUCUGUACAAUCGAAGAGAAUUAACAAACAAAAAAACUAUGAAGCACAAUAAUCACUCCACUGUGCAUGAGCUCUCAAGGGGUGAUAUCUUAAUGGAAAUUUUGGAAAAACAAUUCAUUUCACAAAACCCGUUUACAGUUCUGCAAACAAAAGGUUUCCUUAGGGUAACGAGCUUGUGCAUCUGGAGCGAUUUCCAGUAGGUAUGCGUUAGUUUUUUGGUCCGCCGCUAGUCGGCGGCAGCUUUCAUUGCAUUUUUUCGGUACCAAAGGCUCUCCUCCUCAUUAAAAGCCAUAUUAGAUUACCUACUUAUGAUUAGAUUGCUUUUAAGAAUGCUGAAUCGAAAAUACGCAAAAGGUUCCAUCUAAGCACACCCCCCAAAAAUAGUUACCUAAUUCGCAUGGAUUUAAUCUUUUUUUUGUGCUAGUCGGUAGCAGAUAACAAAAGUGCUCCUGUUUCGCAACGUACAAUAGGCACUUGUGUUUUUGUUCUGUAGCGUAAAACGGUCAACAGGAAAAUAGUCACAAGCAUAAAUUCAGCAUGGUCAUAUCUCAAGAAUUGUAUGAAAAAAAAAGAAAUAGAAAUGCCUAUAAACUAAAAUUUAAAAAUUUAUACAUGUAAGAUCAUUUAAAAAACCCUAAAUAAAAAAUCGCAUUCAUAAGAAAAAGAGACGCAUUAUACACUGUUUCAGUUACACUUAUAAAGAAAAAAAUCAUUAAAACACAUAGAGGUGAUAAGUGUGUACAAGUUAUAGUAAUACAAGAACAAAUGAGCAGUUACGCCAGCGUUACGAAAGUAAACACAAUGCAUCACAAAUCAGGGUCGGUCGUGCAUCGUUUUGCUUCGGAAAAUAUUCUGUUAAACCAAGGUACGCACAUGGCGCAGUAUCACCACCACACACUUGCCAGCUAGCUGUCGGGAAAUAGGGCUACCGGACACAGGAAAAGACACCACUGCGUGUCGUUUCUUGCUAGCUAGUGUGUCGUAUGUGCUGUGGAUGCACUAGAGUGAUUGGCCUGUACGAGCCUACGAUCGAGCGACAGUGGCCGAAAUUGCAUAAACUAAACGCAUUUUUCAUUCCGCAUAAAUAUCACCGUCAACCUAGUAAUAUCAAAAAUUCACAGUAUCGAAUUAUUCACAAAAAUUUCGCCCAGUGUUGAUCGAUCAGGGAUAUUCCUGAACCAAAACCGGAAUCAGACACAGAUGAUGCGCGUGUAUACCAAUAGCAACGUUUGUUGCCGAAUACUGCAAUGAAAGAAAUUAUCGUUAGCGCCACCCACUGCCUAGUCUCUUCAAAACACAAAUUCUGAGAAAGAUUUAUGCGAAGAAAAUAAGAAAACUAACAAAAGCGAAUAGAGUUAGAAGCGAACAAUUGAACACAAUGAACAAUAAAACACAGUCGUAAAGUAAUUGGAAGUGACACGGAAAACAUAGCAAAUCACAUGAAAAAGAAAUACUUCUAUCAUUGUGUGCGUGCGCUAAUGAAUUAUUUGAACACAGAGAAAAGAGUGCAACUGAAAUUCGACAAAAUCUAGAGUUAAAAAAAACUUUACGAGUUCUCUACGUUCGGAGUGCAUUACCAGGAAAGUAAAAUUUUUUCGCAUGUUUUAGUAAUUGAGCAAUUCUAGCGAGCUUCGAUAAUUAAACUAGCACAAAAGAAUGGCGAAGCUUCUAUCAUGGCUCGAGGUUUAAAGCUGAUACAAUUCCUCUAUUGUCAUACAGUCAGAUAACACCGAAUGUUGCAGUCCACAGGUUAGCUUCAGAUCAUUUUUUACCAAAACAAAGCUGAUUGUAAAACAUAAACUUGUUCUGUUUUAGCGUAAGCAAAAUGGACAUGAAAGCUCGAACUGAUAUGAUUUAAAUUAAAGUGCAUUUGAAACGGACAGUCGUCCAAUCUUCUAAAGUAAAAUAGAGGAAUUUCUGAGUUACGCGUAAUUUACGUGUAAUUUAAAAAAAAACAGCAUAUUUUUUGUUGCUUUCAGUAUUCAUAGAAGUUUAAACCUAGCUGUGCUCUACUGUUAAAAAAUCUGCAUUUGUAAGAAAUAUUGAAGAGAAGAACGAACAGAGCAUAAAAUAAAACUGACCAAACAAGCCAACAACCACUCGAGAAACACUCACAUUGCUUAAUCUUUUAAUUACAUAUACAGAUCAACAAACAAAAACACAUUGAUGUUUUCCUUUUUUACGGUUUUUGAGUGUUUAAUUUCAUACGGAAAAUAACAUUAUAGAAAACAGAAAACCAUCAUCACCGUUCCAUUGCAGUUGAUCAUACAAGUAUCACUCUUUUCCUAAGACCAGUUUUUAUGAACACACCCUUUUCAAAUGGCAAUUAAGUGCGCAGAGCCAGAACUUGCAUUGAACAUCUAUCUAUCGAAACAAGUUCAGAAAAAAAAGUGUGAACGUUUGUAAUUAAAUAAAAACAAAACCAAUCAAACACGACAGAACUCGUGUCACGCGAUGUACGAAUACGAACACGUUGGAUGAUACCAGAUAUAAUAGCAACAAAAAAAAGUAGAAGAAUGAAAGAAACAUCGCCGUAGUAGAGUAACAUUCGGAACCAAACGAUAAUGAGCUGUACUUGAAAUACAUGUCUUGAAUAGAGAAGGGGUCAAAUUGAAAGAAUAAAAAAAUCAACUCUUUAAAUCGAUACGCCCGUCAAAAAAUAAAGUCGAAAUUUAAUGCCGAGACGAGAGACGCUAACUGUUCGUUCGAAUCGAUAAUAUCCCAUUGAGAUUCUAGCCAACAGCCAACACAGCGCGGGGAAUCCGAUCAUGUAGAGCUAUCGAAGUAAGCAGAUAAAAAAAAGUAUGAGAAGAAAACAAGUAAUCACCAUUUUUACACAUUUUGAGGUAUCGAAAAAUAUUAAGAAAUGAAAAAGCUUAGUUUUAAGGUAACAAAAUAAUAAAAGUA